CUGGGGAAUCAGCCGCCAACACAAAAGCAAAUUCUUCCGCACCGCAGAAACCUAAUCAUGACACGCUAUAAACACCGGCAAUGUACUUCGCCAUCCCUUCCGAUUGCUGGAAACGAAAAUACUGGGGUGUCCGGCUGGUUCCGUACAGUAGUGCGGGGUGACAAGGUUUAUUGAAAAUCCGAAAAAAACAAUAACGACAUGGGAUUUUUUUUUUCGUUAUAGUAAGGUGAGGGUGCUUUGAGGUGGGAAUGCGACUUUCAGUCUUUCACGAUGCGGGUUUUGAGAUUGUUGUUGGUGCUUUCGAUGGUGCUUUGGGGGUGCGAGGGGACGACUGAUGGGUUAAGUGACGCGGUUACGUGGGAUCGGAAUAGUGUUAUGGUUAAUGGGAGUAGAGUAUUCAUUUUGUGAGCGAUGGAACCGCUUUUGUGGUUGCUUAUGCUGAUUGAGGGGAUAGUUCUGGGGAAUUUCAUUAUCAGAGGAUGCCAGUACCAGAAAUGUGGCUUGUAAGUUGGAUAUCCUACUGAAUUACUGGCAGUAGAGCUAACAAAAAUCUAGGAUAUAUUUCAUAAAUUCAAAGCCAGUGGAUUCAACACAAUCAGGUAGGUCAUAUCCUUCCCUUUCACCCCGAAUAUCCCUCCAAUCUGACUCUCAUAAGCAUCUACCUGUUCUGGUCCUACCACUCCCCAUCCAAAGGAGUCUACGACUUUGAAACCACCGGAAAAAACGUCCAACGUCUCUUUGACUACGCCAAAGAAGCAGGUCUAUGGGUCAUCGCACGAGCAGGUCCCUACUUCAAUGGCGAAACCAAUGCUGGUGGUCUUGCACUGUGGGGUUCUGAUGGCAGCAUGGGGAAAUUGAGGACGAGUGAUGAGGCUUAUCACCAAUCUUGGAUUCCGUGGGUUGAGAAGAUUGGGAAGAUAAUUGCGGACAAUGAGGUUUCUAAGGGUGGGGUGAGUUUUGGGACUGUUUCUUGAAUUAGGGGGUGAAUUGGAUGUUGAUUGCUGACUUUUGCUUGGACGACAGACCGUAAUUUUGAAUCAAGUGGAAAAUGAACUCCAGGAGACGACUCAUUCAGCUAACAAUACGUUGGUCAUUUACAUGAAACAACUGAAAAAAGCUUUUCGAGACGCGGGUAUAACGGUACCACUUACACAUAACGAGAAAGGAAUGCGCUCCAUGAGCUGGAGUACAGAUUACCAAGACGUCGGCGGAUCCGUGAACAUGUAUGGACUAGAUUCUUAUCCCGGAGGGUUAAAAUGUGAUGUAAGUCUCACUCUCAAAGUCUCUCCCGGCAUCAUAGCAGACUGACCUUUGAAAAGAGUAUCAAUUCUGGAUUCAACUUAGUCCGGACCUAUCACCAAUGGUUCUCAAACUACUCCUACACCCAACCAAAUCAUUUCCCCGAAUUCGAAGCCGGCUAUUUCACCCCAUGGGGAGGAAGUUUCUAUGAUGAUUGUGCCUCGGAACUUGAUCCCGCAUUCGCGGAUGUAUACUAUAAAAAUAACAUUGCGCAAAGAACGACAAUUUUGAGCUUGUAUAUGGCUUGGGGAGGAACGAAUUGGGGGCAUUGUAAGUCCAAUCCCAUUCAGCCAAAUUUCAGAUGGGAUUGAGUUGUUUUGGGAUUUUUGAGCUAAUGAGUUCAGCUGCCGCGCCUGUGGUGUAUUCUAGCUAUGAUUACUCGGCUCCAUUGAGAGAAACGAGACAGAUCCGGGAUAAAUUGUCUCAAACGAAGCUUAUUGCUCUUUUUACGAGGGCUUCAAAGGAUCUUUUGACAACGGAUAUGAUUGGGAAUGGGACAGGAUAUGCGGUAAGUUCUCUCAGCUCGGGAAUCCAUCAUAUUUUGGAACCUCAACACCCCUUUUUUCAUUACGCGAAAGGACUCGAAGUGUUAGAGACACGACUUAUUCUUUACCUGAAAACUACUUCACGUGAUCUAGUCUGACCUCAACUCCAUUUCAAUGGAGCAGAUUGGAUGAAAGAAAGUCCUUCUCAUCAACCAUCAAAUCUCUCUUACCAAAACCCCAUAUCCAGUACCCAUACACAACCCACAAAAACAAAACUAAUAAACCCACCCAGGUCUCCGACCCCACAAUCUUCACCUGGCACCUCCGCAACCCAACCACCCUCACCUCCUUCUACACCCUUCAACAGAACAAAUCCUCCUCCCGAACAUCCAUCACCUUCUCCGCCACCCUCGAAACCUCACUAGGAAAUAUCACAGUGCCAAAUAUCAAUCUCAAUGGAAGGCAAAGCAAGAUCUUGGUCACGGAUUACAAGUUUGGAACGCAUACUUUGCUUUAUUGUUCGGCGGAUAUCUUGACGUAUGGGGUUUUUGGUGAUGUGGAUGUUUUGGUGCUGUAUCUUGAGGAGGGACAGGUUGGGGAGUUUGGGAUUAAGACGGAUGGGGAGGAGGGAGAGGAGAUGAGUGAAAUGAGUAUAGAAGGGGAUGCGGUCGUGGAGAGUGUGGUGGGAGAGGGGUUUGUUACUGUAAGUUCCUUUCUUUUUUAUAAAUAUUCGACCAACUCGAUUCCUUGACCUUCGGGAAUUCCCUCACUCUUCCAGCUUCCGAAAAGACAGCUAAUACCGAGAACAGACAACCUACACCCAAACCACCGGCCAAACAGUCCUCCAAUCAGACAAUCUCCUAAUCUACCUCCUCGAAAAGAAAACAGCCUGGAGAUUCUGGGCUCCUCCCACAACCACAAACCCAAACGUCCAACCCAAUGAGCAAAUCUUCGUUCUCGGUCCUUACCUCGUGCGCAGCGCCUCAAUCACAGAUAACACAGUCUAUAUCUCAGGCGACAACGACAUCUCAACAACCAUAGAAAUCUACACAGGAACCCCCAUCACCACAAUCUCCUGGAACGGAAUCCUCCUUCCCGCAACAACCACCCCCUACGGCUCAGUAACAGCACCAAUCCCCGGCGCAGAAGAACGAACCAUCUCUCUCCCCGCACUUGAAGACUGGAUGGCAGCCAACUCCCUCCCCGAGAAAGAAAACGACUACGACGACUCCUUAUGGACAAUCUGCAAUAAAACCACAACACUCUCACCCAUCGCGCCUCUCACGCUUCCCGUGCUAUUCUCAAGCGACUACGGCUUCUACGUCGGCGCAAAGAUUUACCGUGGGUACUUUGAUGGGGACGAGUAUGCGGCUGUGAAUAUCACCGCAUCAGGGGGUUUGGCAUUCGGGUGGUCUGCUUGGCUCAAUGGCGUGUUGAUAGGUGGAGAUACGGGGAAUGUCGAUUUACCAACUACGACCGUCGUCCUCUCUUUACCGAAAGCCUCGCUUAAAGGGAGUGAUAAUCUGGUUACGGUAGUAGUAGAUUACCAUGGCCACGACCAAACCUCUACCGCUAAAGGAGUUGAGAACCCGCGUGGAAUCCUAGGUGCAUUCCUCAUCCCAUCCAACACUACAAACUCCACCACCCCAUACACAAAACCAGAAGCGGGAGUAGAAACAUCAACAACCACCGGUUUCAAACUCUGGAAAAUCCAAGGAAACGCCGGCGGCAGCUCGAACCUCGAUCCUACCCGCGGCCCCAUGAACGAAGGCGGCCUCCUCUACGAACGCCUCGGCUGGGCCCUCCCCUCCUUCCCUUCUUCCUCAACCCCACAAUUCUCUCCCUCCCCCCCCCUAACCGGUCUCAACACCUCCGGAAUAACAUUUUACACCACAACCUUCACCCUCGCCCUCGACAGCGACCUCGACGUGCCCCUGGGCAUCGCACUCACCUCCCCCCAGGGGACCGUAGCAAGGGUGCAGCUCUGGGUCAACGGGUACCAAUACGGGAAAUACGUCCCGCACAUUGGGCCGCAGAGUGUGUUCCCUGUCCCGCCGGGGGUGGUGAAUAAUAAUGGGGUGAAUACGCUGGGGGUCAGUAUUUGGGCGAUGAAUGAUGAGGGAGCCAGGUUGGAGGGGGUGGAGUUGGUUAGUUAUGGGGUGUAUCAGACGGGGUUUGGGUUUGCGGGGGAUUGGGGGUAUCUUCAGGCUGGGUGGGAGGUGGGGAGGGAGGGGUAUGCUUAA